UUUAGUUUAUAAACUUAUUUGUGUUUUAUUAUUGUUGAUAGUAUCUUUAAAAGUGUACCAACUAUUAUUUUAUCUAGUCUUAAACAUACCUAUUUUAGUUUGCGGGCAAACUGAGUCCAUGACGUUCGCUAAUGUGCCAUAAAAAUCUUGAUGGAUGACUCUUUGUUGUGGAAAUAGUGAUUUUUGGUGCUUUAAAUAAGAGUUGUUCAGCGAAAUCGUUUGAAAAACAUUCGCGUUAUAAUCAUUACACGUCUCGAAUGUGAUAUAUAUCGAAAUUUAUUUUCUUUUAAGAAAUCCCGCCAUAAUACUGCAAGUGAUUUUUUGAUUGUUUCGUAACAUAAUUUAAGCUAUAACGUUUUUAAAAAUGGAACAAUUGCUCAACUUAAGCGGGAAAAAUACCAGCGCUGAUGUAAUACGCCAUCCGUAGAGUCUAAAAAGAUUCCAAUAAGAAGAAAAUAUGUCAACCUUGCAAGACAGUCAGUCCUUCUGGAAUAUUUCUAGUGAUAAUACAAAUUUAAAAUAUGAAAAAUGUCGUAAUAUAACCGAGGAAAUAUAUAAGAGGAUCGACAUAACAUUUAAAAUAAAGAAAUUGGAGACAGGAACACAAAGUGAAUCUGACUACAGUGAUCAAAUAGAUAGUAAUGAACUCAGCAACGAAACGGACCUGUUCGCUUGCGACAAAAGUUCAAUAUCGAGCAGUACGGAGCUAGAAGCCCUGGAGCGUGGCAGUGCGAUGUGCGAGAAGUUCAUCAACAACAAUAACAACGAAGAAACGAAGAAGAAACCGACCACAGUGUAUAAGAGGCCUCGGAAGAGGUUUCGCAAGCGUGUCAAGAAGCAGCAACGUUCGAAGCGCGACUCGGACGGGUCGAGUGACGAGGCGCCGCUGAGCCGGGUGGUCGACUUGGACUUCAGCCGCGAGAGCCGCGUGACGCCGUCGCCGUCACACGCCGUGAUGGGCGUGCCGAAUGUGGUCAUCACACCGAUUGAUUUAAAGAAAUUCAAGCUGCCAUUACCGGAGAAGAAGUCGACGAAGAGAAAUGAACCGAAAUGCCCUACAAAAGAAUCCAAAGACAAAACUACACCGUCCGCCAUAGACAAGCCGAUGGAUGAUACGAAAGAUAUCGUCGAGAAGACGGUUAUUGAGAAGGGGAAGUCAACGGAAUGGAAUUGCUCAAUAUGCAGCUUGUCUUUUCGUGGCGAGAGAGGGCUGAGACGUCACAUGACGAUGUCGCACAUUAUAAACCCGCACGAAGCAAAGAAGUCCAACAAGAAAGAGGAAUGAACGCGUAUAGGUGAAUUGAAAAAAGAAAACCCCCUCGAGAAAGUAAAGCCUUGUUUGUUUGAAACUUUUUAGUCGAAUAUGACAUUUCAUGUUGUCGGGAGAAGUAUCUUCGUGUAAAAAAAGUGGUCCUCGAAUUGUAUGAAAUCGAGAUUAUGAUGGAGCUAGACUUUUGCAUGAACGCGUUCUAAUUGAAAAUUCAUGAGUCGAUAGGAAUUAUGAGAGAUGAGAGAUGUCUUCUACAUGUUACAUGUUCUUUUUAAUUGGAUCGUUCUUUCAUUAAUCAUGUUUAUAUUGUUCAGAAUUUUAUCUGUAAAUCUAUUCUAAAUAUUAUAGACACGAAAGUAAGUCUGUUAUCUUUACAUGCUUCAGUUUGAGUCCCCUGUCGGACAUUUAUAAUUCACCCUUUGACGGGGCGACGGUUUGUGUCCUGUACAGUUUUGUAAUUUUCUCACUGGAGAAGCCAUUUCAGUAGAAAAAAAGGUGAUUUAAAAUGAUCCCAACCAGACAGACGUUAAGGUUGCAUUUUUAAUGGCAAAUCAGUUUUAAAAGAGAAAAUGCACGUGAUAACGAAAGGAGUACGUACUCCUUUACGACAUGCCCCCCCCCCUAUUAGUUACAUGAUUAAUGGACGAUCCCUAAAUGUUAAUGUAUGUUAAGUUACAGUAUAUUCUGGUAAUUAAUCUUGAUUUCAUACUUUAUGAGGUACAGCCGUACGAGAUACUUUUCCUGACCUCCUAAACUCUAUAGUUGCUAUUCGAAUUCGAUUCAGUGUUGCUAGUUUAAAAUAAAAGUACAGUCAUGUUGAGUGUGACUUGUCGAAUCAAUCGAAAUUAGCAGUAUUAAAGAAUAUUUUAAAUUUUAUCAUCCAACUGAAUUGGAUGUAAAUCGAUUCGUUUGAUAUUUCUUCCGUAAUGUUCUACGUUUAAUUUGGUAGUGUUACCAAAACUUUAAUGUUUCGUUUCAAUGGAAUUGGUACAUGGAUUUAUUUAUACAUUUAUGAUUCGGGAAAUAUAUAAGAGUAGGGGCAUACAUAUGUAUAAUUAUACAUUUAAAUAAUUAUUAUUUUGAUCGCUUUGUUAUAUGCCGUCGGUAAUGUUCGUAAAUACGAUGUUAUAUUCUGAAAUACUGUUUAUAUAUGUAUAUCAUAAAAAUCAUUGCGUUUAUGUUGCUUUUAACUCUCUUGUACUGAGUACCGAUGACAAAAAAAUUUUUUUUUUUUUUUUUCAAUAUUAUUUUUGGUACAUAUAACAAGUAAGGUGCAGGUUUGUAGGUUAGUUGAACAAUGUUCCGUCUUCUUCUCUCCGAUGUCAACUUAUUUGUGAAAGAAGGAGAGACAAGAGUCGUGUUUUUUUACUCUUUUUCGUCUUGAUAUAUUAUCAUUUAUACUCUGUCUGUCUGUUGUUCUUUAAUCGAUAAACGGACUGAAGUCCAAAUUAAUCCGAUAUAUUUAAAUCGGUUCGUAUAUGUACUUAUUCCAUUGAAAUGUAUUAUUUUUUUUUUCUCGUCUUAUUACAUAAGAUUUUCAACUCUAUUCCGUUGUGAAUCGUGUCAUUUUUCCAUCUAGUAAGUAUAGUUAGAUAGUAGAUAGCAUAAUUCGGGGUUUUGGAAUUAUUUGGAGGGGAAAGGGGUGUGUGACUAUUGUGUGUCAUUAUGGUGUUAACUUUGUACUGGUCGGAAAUUUUUAAAAUAAUUAUUUAUACAAUAAUUGCUUUAAAUUAAUAACAAAAACCAAUUAAAACGAUAAAUUUUCUACGACUCGGAUAUAGUAUGUCCUAAAUUUCGCGCCAAAAAGUAAACUCAAGCCAUCUGACAGUGGAUGGUGUUUUUUUUUUUAAUGUAUUACACUACAAGGUAUUUAUGCAUUCGGCGUUAUGAAUAUGUCAAUGUUGUAUGGGUUUCUUUAUGGGGUUAAGCUUAGGUUCUAAACUUAGAGCUUAAUAUUGAUAUUAUCAAGAUAUCGGAAUUGUUUACAAAAUUUCUUGCCAAAAUAACCGACUGAAAGAAUUUAUCGAUUAUUCGUCAUCCACUGUACGAUUAAAUCGUACCUCAGUCGGUUACCCCCUUAAAGGCAUGAGCUCAUAGCCCAGUGGGCCAUUUACACGCCCAUGGAAAAUUUUACAAAUUCAAUAAUUAUAUUAUAGGGCUUAAGUGAUGUUUAUUCAACAUAGAUUAUACUUAUAUCCACUUGCUUAUGGAUUGUAAAGAAUCUACCACCGGUCCGGAAAGAAUUACCGAUAUGAGUACCGGCGUUAUAUUCUCGGAAAACACCAUAAUGACAACAAUAUAUAUGUGGCAGGGUCAAAAUCUGUGAUCGGUUUAGUAUGUGAUCGUAGGGUUAUGAGAAUUUAUGCUCUGUGACAUAUAUAUAUAUAUAUACUUAUGGGGUCGUUCCUAAAGCUAUAAACUCAAGAGUGAACGUAAUCAAAAUAAAGGUCAAGUAUUCCCCGUUGGAAAAUCAAUGAGGCACAAAAAAUACCGCUAACUGUUUAUCUAAGUAAAUAAAUUCUAAAGGAUUUAUCCUUGUAUUGUCACCGGAGAAGACUUGUUACGUUGAUACGAGCUAAGUUAAUUCAAAAUCUGAGUUAAGAUAUGUCAGGCGUGAUUAUUUAAAGUCGUUGCGUCUUCUUCGUUCCGAUGUCAAAUCAAGGAUGUUAGAGCGAGAUGGGGUUGGGGAAACGAAUAUCCGGCACGCAGAGGACCAUUCUUGGAUUAACCUCUAACGUCCAGUUACUAUAUUCGAGAAUCGUUUCA